UAUUUUCCCAUUAUUUAAUUAGAAGGGAAAGUUUAUUUUCGUAGUGUUAGUAGUAGAAAGGGGGAAAAACGUAGGGAAGCAUCAGGAGGAAGCAUGGCCGGACGACACCACCUUCCACCGCCAAACGCCGUUAUGUCCCAGGAAGCCUCUCAAUCGAGGACAAACCCAACAAUCGGCGAUGCACGUCUCCUCCACCGCGUCGCUCAACCCUCAGCCGCCCUAGAAGACCGAAUUGCAAUUCAGCACCGCGAGAUCCAAUCCCUACUUGUCGACAAUCAACGGCUCUCAGCUACCCACGUGGCGCUCAAACAAGAGCUCUCCGCCGCGCAGCAAGACCUUCGGGUUUUAUCGGCGGCUGCAGCAAGCACCAAAGCCGAAAAAGACGCUCAGGUGCGAGAUGUCUACGAGAGGUCGUUCAACAUGGAGGCUGAGGUGCGUAAGGUCGACGCCGUGGCCGGCGAGUUGGCUCAAGUGCGGGCCGACGUCCUGACACUCAGCACGAGUCGGAAGGAGCUCGCCGCACAGUUGCAGGCCGUCGAAGAUGACCUUGCCAAAGCUCGCUUGGAUUCUAAGCCUGUCUUGGCUGUCAAGGCUGAGAUUGAAAGUGUGAACCGGGAGAUUCAAAGAGGAAGGGAUGCAAUUGAACAAGAGAAGAAAACCCGCGUCCAUAACUCUAAGCACCGCCAGACAAUGGAGAAACUCCUGGCUUCCAUGGCUAGUGAAAUAGAGAAACUGCAUAUUGAGCUAGCUAAUGCAGAAAGGCGAGCAAGGGCUGCGGCUGCAGCCACUGUUGCAAACCCAGAUGCUGGGUAUGGUGCAAUCUCUGGCAGCACUGAAAUGGUAUAUGGAGUACAAUCAUAUCCCAACCCUUAUAGCAUGCAUCAGAACAACUUCUUAAGGCAGUUCAAUGUAACAAGUGACAAGCAACAAGUGACAGGUCUAGCUCGUAGUUCUUAAGCAGCAUGUUGAAAUCCUUAUGGAGAACGUCGAGGUCCUUAGAGAUUAAGGAGCAAGAAGCUCGUUUUCAGGGAUUAGGUCUUCAUGUAGUCACUUUGUGAUUUGUUAGAUACUUGAUCACUUUUUGAGACUAUAUCAGUUUGCUAGGUACGUGUUUGUUGUCUUCAUGAGUUAGGUACGUGUUUGCUAUCUUCAUGAGUCAACUAACAUGUGUUGUCUGAACGAAUUUAUUAAUCAAUAGUUGAGUUUUUAUACCACAUAACUAUUGCUCUUAGCAUUCUGGACCAUGAAAGUGAAGGUAAUAGCUUUGUGUAUGACCUUACAUGUUGAUCUUGUGAGGUAUUUAUGAGCACAACCUAGAGUUAAUGGAAGAGAUUGUUGCAGUCAAGUAUAAAGUUAUUAACGAGUGACCCAAAAAUUUGUUGUCGACAUAGAAAUACAAUGAUCUACAAUGAUGAAAUUAAUAGCAGACACAAUAAUUUUUUAUAUAUAUGUAAAAAAAAUCAUGGCCGUCCAUUGAAUACUUGGAUAGUCAAAGAUUAUUUGUGUCAAUCACUUCUUUCCCUUUUAAUAUAUAUAAUCAAGUCUCUUCCAUUAGUUUCAGAUUGUGAAAUAUGCAAUUUAUAAGCACCUCACAAGAUCAAGUCUACUACACAAAACGUUUAGCUCCACUUCAUGGUUCUAAAAGUAAGGGCAAUUAUUAUAUAGUAUAAAAAUCAAACUAUUAAUUAAUGAGCUUGUUUUUGUUCUGAUAGCACGUGUUUGCCGACUCGUGAGGUCAUCAAGCACGUGUCUAGAAAAUUGAUAUACAAACUCAAGAGAAGUUAUUAAGUAUUUAACAAAUCACUAAAUCACUAAAUAGAUGUGAGAUGACCAAAUGACAACAAGGUGAUUGAGAGCUACAACGUGCUACAUGAGACCAUGCUUCUUAAGAUCUUAUUCCUUGAAGAUGAGCUCUUUACUCCCUAUGAAUCUUUGCGUGUUACUUAAGAAUUACGAGCUCUACUUGUUUUGUUGCAUAUUACAUGCCACCUGUUACACAGCAAUUUGAGCGAGAUAAAAUAAUGGUUGAGUCACAAAAUAUCUCUUAAUAUAUUUACAUAUAUUAUUUGUAUUUCAUGUUUGAAAGAGAAUACAUUGUUGUUUUAAUUUAAAAUUAUUCUUUUUCUAUAUAAAUGUAUAUUUAUAUAUAUAUAUAUAUAUAUAUAUAUAUAUAUAUAAAGAGAAAUAGCUAUUGCAAAGUGGUUUUUGAUUUUCGAUCA